GUGUUUCUAACCUAACAAACAAUGCGUGUGAACUUUCAAAAGAUGUUUAAAUUUAAAUAGUUUUUUGAAUGAAAAAUGAAGAAUUACGACGUGUUUGUGCUGUUUCUGCUUGUUCGUCUGUUGUCAGUUGUUUUAGUCCAGACAUGGUUUGUUCCCGAUGAAUAUUGGCAGUCCCUGGAGGUAGCACACAAGCUUGCCUUCAAUUACGGAUAUUUAACGUGGGAAUGGGUUUUGGGAAUAAGAAGCUAUGCACAACCUUUAAUUAUAUACUUCAUGUAUAAAAUCCUACAAUUCUGCCAUCUGGAUUAUCCACUUUUGUUGAUUUAUCUUCCAAGGAUUUUGCAAUCUGUGCUAAGCGCUUAUGCGGAUUACUGUUUUUACAAGUGGUGCGAGAGGAGAAAGUGGGCAGUAUUUAGUAUUUCGACUGCAUGGUUUUGGUUCUAUGCCGGGUCUCGUACUCUAAUUAACACUUUGGAGACUGCCCUAACUGUAAUUGCCUUAUCUAAAUUUCCAUGGAGUCGAAAAAGCUACAGUGACACCAGUUUUUUGUGGAUAGUGGCGAGCUUGUGUGUUAUGCGACCAACUGCUGUAAUACAUUGGUUUCCAUUGUGCGUUUACUACUUGAUAAUAUCGGAAGAAAAGCUAUUAAGCAUAAUAUUCAGAAAGUUUAUACCUAUAGGAUCCAUUACUUUGGGAACUUCCAUUGUGUUGGAUUCGUAUGCCCACGGAACGUUUAUCAUAACGAGUUAUGAGUUUUUAAAAGCGAAUGUGUUUAGCAACAUUGGUGAAUGGUAUGGUGUACAUCCAUGGUAUUGGUACUUGUCUUCGGGAUUGCCAGCAGUCUUGGGUGUUCAAAUGAUACCGUUUGUAAUUAUCACACUGAACAUUUUGAAACAUAGACGUGAACACCAACAUGACUUAGCUCUUUUGGGAUGUAUCGUGUUCACGUUAUUUGUUUACAGUUGUUUGGAACACAAGGAAUUUCGUUUUAUUUUGCCAUUACUACCCAUAGUUUUAAAGAUAACUUCAUCACACAUGGCAAGAUGGAGCUACAAAGCUUCACCGGUUUUAAUUUGGUUAGUGAGCAUUGUAAUAUUCGCAGGAAAUAUGCUUCCGGCCGUGUAUUUUUCAAUAAUUCAUCAACGUGGAUCCUUAGAUGUGAUGGUACCAUUGAGAUCGAUAGCCGAAAAAAAUCCUCACGGUACAAGAUUUUUGUUUUUAAUGCCUUGCCACUCAACUCCUCUGUAUAGUUUUUUGCAUGUGAAUGUCACUACAAGAUUUUUAACGUGCGAGCCUAACUUUCAACACGAGAAGAAUUACGUUGAUGAAGCCGAUGAUUUUUAUAGCAGUCCCAGUUUGUGGUUGCGGCGUGCCUAUCCGAAAGAUGAACCGUUACCUACUCAUAUAAUAACAUUUGACACUGUAUCUGUUUAUAUUUCUGAUAUUUUAAGGAGAUAUAAACUAAUGAAAAGAAUCUUCCAUACAUAUUCCCCCAGUGGUCGAAUUGGGAAGUAUAUUUACAUUUACCAACUAAUGUAAUAAAAUUUUAGGUAGGUACGUUGAAUAGUUUUUUAUUUACAACUGCGUGGUGUUGCUCAAUUUUGUAAAUAAAUCGGCGUUAUAAACUGUUU